GGUGGCCAUGAUAUGCCAGCAUGGCAACACUUGAUGCACUUGGAUUUGGCUCGUGAGAAUGUGCUUCACCAGCACUGCAUUUGGCUUUUGUUGGCUCAAGGACAAUAGACUCAGCGGCGCUGGUGUGACUUCCAUGUUGUUCGGGUUCGUCAUCGGCCUGAACUUUGCCUUGAAUAAGGCAGCCUGGGAGGUGCCUAGCAUCUCAUCAAUUCCCCGUUCCUCUCACACUGCAGUUUGGGAUGCAGAGACUGCAUUCAUGUACGUCUUUGGUGGUGAUGGUGGCACAGGCCUGCAUCGCUACUCCAGGGAGACCAGCUCCUGGACGCAGCUGUCACCCAAUGGCAUUGAACCAAGUCCUCGCAGUGAGCACACUGCAGUAUGGGAUCCAUCCGCUGCCGGGAUGUAUGUGUUUGCCGGCCAUGUGCAGUACCAAGGCUGGAACUUUCUUGAUGACUUGCACUACUACUCCAGGCAGUCAAAUUCCUGGACAGAGCUUUUCCCUUCGGGUUCUGCGCCGCAGGCUCGCGAGGAGCACGCAGCUGUGUGGGACCUUGCAAAUGCUCGGAUGUACAUAUUUGGUGGAAAUGCGGGGUCAUUUUUGAACGACUUGCACUUCUACGCCAGCCAGGAUAAUUCCUGGACCCAGCUGUCACCCGGAGGCAUUCUACCAUCUGCUCGCGACGGUCACACCGCAGUAUGGGAUGAUGCUGUGGCGGGGAUGUACAUCUUUGGUGGUUAUGAUGGGUCUUCCCUAAAUGACUUGCACUUCUAUUCCAGCCAGGACAACUCUUGGACAGAGCUGCUCCCCAGUGGCACUCUCCCGGACGGACGCUUCAAGCAUACGGCGAUCUGGGGCGCAUCAGUGAUGAGAAUGUAUGUCUUCGGUGGCUCCAAUGAUGGCUACCUCAACGACUUGCAUGCUUACUCCAGGGAGGGGAACAAUUGGGUAGAACUGACCACUGGCCCAGAACAAGAAGUGCGCAUGUCUCACUCAGCAGUAUGGGAUUCAGAAAUGAGUGCUAUGUAUGUGUUUGGUGGCUGGAAAGGGACCCGACUUGACGACCUGCAAACAUACCGCACUGAAGCAAGUGUCAUGAAUGCAAAUGUCAGUACUACAACCACGAUCACCACCACCACUAUGUUUACAAACACAAGCAGCACGACAGAGACUUCUUUGACUAGCACAACCGGCAGCAGAACCUGGACUUCUUUCACCACCAGCAGCAGCACAGGCACUACCUUCACCAGCAGCACCACAUCUGAGACUUCUGUCACCACCAGCAGCACCACAGAGACUUCUGUCACCAGCAGCAGCACCACGAUGACCAGCACUUCGUCAACUCGCAGCACAACCACCACAACAAUGACCACGUCGACAUUCACAACCGCAACCUCGAGCAGUAGCACGUCGACUAGUCAAACAACGACGAGUAGCAGCAGCACCAGCACUAGCAGCAGCUCUAUCACGUCAAGUAGCAGCACCAGCACUAGCUCCACGAGCAGUAGCACUACAAGCACCAGCACAACCACAUUGAAGCAAACCGUUGUGCUUCCGGCUGCUGUUGACGGUGGCAAUCCGCAAGGUUCUGUAGUGAUUGCUACGCUUGAGAGUGCCCUUGCUGCUUUCAAUUCGCAAGAAGAAUCUGCCGUUUUCGAGACGCCUGCUGGAAAAGUUACUGUGGUCAAAUUAGAAAAGAUUGGCCAGUCAGAUCAGUCCUUGGUGUUCACAUUCAGUGCCUCUGGUGGUGAAAGCAAUAACGAUUCCAGCUCUUUGCUGCUUCAUUUGCCUGCCUUUUUAAUAGCUGAUGCUGAGGUUGAGGGCAAUUUGAUGCUGGUCUUGCUAAGCGUCGGCAGGAACAUCUCUGAGUCUAUGCCUCGAGGUGGCCCCAGUGAUACGACAGUGCUGGCCAAUUCCAGGGUGCUGGACAUUUCCCUUGUGAAGGAAGUGGCUGGAGCUGUGGAGAUUGUGAACAUCUCAGAUCUUCUGGAGCCAUUAAGCUUUCGAAUCAAAGAAGAUGCACCCGUCGAAGGGGACUACUGUGCGUCCUUUGAUUUGAUCCAAAAUGUUUGGUCUCCAGAUGGGCUGCACUUGGCAAACAACACGGCCGGACAAAUCACAGGAGUGGCUGACAAUGGCACCUGGUGCCUAUCAAGUCAUUUGUCGCUCUUCGCCGUGGUGCAAAGGAUUCCUUUUGACUUGCUUAUCGAUGCAUCUGACCAGAAUCUCGAUGUGGAAGCUUAUGGAGCAGCUCUCGCAAUCAUGGGUGCGACUGCAUUCAUUGUUUGUUGCCUCACCGGGGUGUGGAUGUCACGACGAGUGCACACUCCGGCAGCUGGAAAAACAAAGAUCAGGGCUCAGAGGGGAGGAACAAUCGAAGUGACUUUCACCCGAUCCGAAGUUGAGCAAAUUGAGAAGAGUGAACAUGACAUCGAGAAUGGAGCGUCUUUCACUUCGAAAAAAGUGCUUGUGCGCUGGGACGUUGAUCCUAAAAAGCUUCUGCCUCAAAUACCACAUUUGCAGGGCCAUCGCUCCGUGCGAUUGAACCUGGAUGCUCCUCAGACAAAAGUGCAGACUGUGGAGAGGGAAGCAACACAGAACUCUACAAAGGAGGAACUACGGAAAUUUGCCUCUAGUGUGGAAGCGGAGGAGUUGAACGCAGAGUCUCCUUUGGCUCCCUCCUCUGAACGCUUUCCUUCGGAACUGGAGGCUUUGCCGCAACUGGACGAUGAACUUCAUGGAGUUUUUGAGCAUGGUGAUCCAGUGAGUUACUGGUCCAAACAACAUCAGGCACUAUGGCCAGGCAGGAUCUCUGGCCAUGCUUACUUCCCGGACACUGCUGAGGCCCACUACGAUGUGCUUGUUGGACCCAAGCACCAGCUACGGCAACAGGUGCCUUGCAGCUUGCUACAUCCAGCAUUCCAAGUGGACGAGCCAGUUUUCUAUCUGUACAUUGGCCUGCAGCAGACUGCGCAUACCUCCCUCUCAGUUCGAGAGAAAAUCCAGAUGUGGCGAAAGGCUACGAUUUCCAGCAUUUCUCGGUCACAGGCCCUGCUACAACUCGUUGACCAGGAUGAAUCUCCCUUGGUUGGAAGCACCGACGCUCUAGAAGGUCCAUUUCUUGUGCAUGAUGUCGCUUAUGACCGGGUCCGCCGGCGAUUUUCGCCAGAAGAUGCAGUCAUGGUAUAUCGUGGGGGUGCCGAUGGUUGGGUGCCCGCCCGGAUUCAAGGGUGUGACCAGUCCGAUGAUGUUCCCCGUGACGCAAUGCUGGUGGAAGUAUGCUUGCCGAACCAGGAAGUAGUGAAUAUCCCAUCCCACUUUGUCCAGCAUUUGGCUGGUGUGAUUGCGAUUUGAGACGCAGAGGUAGCAGCAGCUGCUGUUUCACCUUUUUUUUUGUUUAGGGAAGAUCUUUCUCCAGUAGCGCAGCAGCGCCUCCUUAUGAUCCUCCAAAUGUUGCAUAUUUAGGUCGUGGCCCGAAACGUUACAGUAAUUAUUGGCAGUUACACUUUUUGCGACAGACUAUGCCAGACUCCUAAGGAGUUUGUGUAGUCAAUAACUACAGUAUAACUAUAACUCUUGGCCAA